AACCUGUUCUUCAUUACGGGCUACGUCCUUUCAUUCAUGGUCUUGAUACUCUGUCAAUAUGUCGUGACAUUGCGAGUGUGGCAUCUAUUCUUCCGGAGUUGCCUCAUUAGAUGGCUGGCGGUCACUGUUUUCGUCAUUUGCGCGGCAGGAACUGUAAUAAUGGGCGGCGUUAAGUUUAAUGCCAUUAAGAGUGCCCUGUAUGCACCACCAGUUGAUGAGAUCCUGACGCAGAGGCCUCCAUUUGUGUUUGCCAUAUAUUUGCCAUCCCUGGUCGUCCAUAUGGCCAUGCUCUUACUGACGAUGUACCGCUUUCGCGUCAGCCCAAAAGCGUUGCAGCCACAUGGCAUUAUACACCGAUUCGUAAAAGAAGGGAUAAUUAUGUAUACGUUUGCGGCCGGAUCACUACUGUACGAAGUCAUCGGUCUUUCUAUGACUGAACCAAAGGAAAUAACUACACAUCUAUUUCCCAGAAUAGCAGUAGCAACUACAGCCGUUUCCGUCUGUCGUGCAAUGCUAAGCGUCCGGCCAUUGGCUGCAACUUAUCAUGUCGAUCCGGCAUGGUUACUCAACUAUGCAGAACUCAGUCGUGUUCAAUGGAGGACAGGAGCCAAUGAAGGGGAAAUCUUCGUUGAAACAAGCGACGUGGACGCACAUCACCCUUUCAAUUCGCUGGGGGCAUCUGCUGGGAGUACAGAAGGCGAAGGAGUUGUGUAA